UCCAAGCGGGAAGUUCAAAUCUUUAUGUUGAUAGUGAAUAACAUACAUUUUCUGAAUCUUAUUCAACACACUGCAGAAUAUUUCCGGCGUCAUGUCCAGCGAGGAGAGCAGUGUCCCCGCAUCCAGGCGCUUCGGACAGUGUGUCUACACAGCUGAAGAGUACCAGGCUGUGCAGAAGGCCCUGCGACAGAGGCUGGGACCAGAGUACAUCAGCUCCAGAGUGGCUGGAGGAGGGCAGAAGGUUUGCUACAUCGAAGGGCAUCGUGUCAUCGGCCUGGCCAACGAGAUGUUUGGAUACAACGGAUGGUCUCACUCCAUUUCACAGCAGAAUGUUGACUUUGUAGAUCUAGUCAACGGGAAGUUUUACGUCGGAGUCAGCGCGUUUAUCAAAGUUCAGCUGAAGGAUGGGUCGUUUCAUGAGGAUGUAGGAUAUGGAGUCAGCGAGGGGCUGAAGUCCAAAGCUUUGUCUCUGGAAAAGGCGAGAAAGGAAGCUGUAACAGAUGGCAUGAAGAGAGCGCUGAAAUGUUUCGGUAAUGCCCUUGGAAACUGCAUCCUGGAUAAACAAUACCUCCUUGCCAUUAACAAGCUCCCCAAACAGCCUCCACCUCCUCUGGACCCAGCACAGACAAAGCGAUCUGAGGGGGAACCAUCAGUAGAGAAGGCCCGGUUCUGUGGUCUGAUCCGAGAGGGACAUCCUGCAUUUGCAGCAGGUUCUGCCAGAAUGCCCCUGGAACCCAGAGUACUCCACUUGAACUCGAACCAUUCAGAAAUUCACACUCCUACUUCUGCAGGCACUGCCCCCAACAGCAAGAGUGAGAACGGCAGCUCCAGCUUCGCCAUGGACUCUGUGGACAUGGGCGGGUCUGAAGGGCACACGGACCCAAAGCAGCUGAGAAAGCUCCGACAGCAGCAGCUUCAGCAGAAGUUCAGGAUGGAGAUGGAGGCCAAGAAGCUGCAGCAGAACCUGGAUCCAGUCAAGCCUGAGCAGGCCGAGGUUGCUAUCGGGCGAAAAUCCACUGGAGGUCAUAAUUGUGUACCUGCGCUGAGUGAUAACACUGAUGAGAACAAGAAAUGCGUCGGCAGGGAUGCACAUUUAACAGAUGAUCCUGGGCUGUGGGAUUUCACUCUGGACGGUAUCGAGGAGCUGGAUGUUCCAGCAGGAGGUCCCGGCCCCGGGGAGCUAAGACCCGGCACGCCUGGUAAUCACUGCAUGCAGACGCGAAGCAAGACUCCUCAGAGAGCGCCAAGUUUACCGCCAGACGACCCGUCCAGCGGUCGAGGACCGGCUCCGUACAGGCCACAGCAGUAUCAGGGGAGACCAGGUGAAGCCUUCAGUCCGUACAGACAAGGACAGCACAUGAAGAAACGCAAACUGGAUACUUAACAUCACUAACACGUGUAUUUUAUUUAAUUGUGUAAUUAUAUUGUGUAUGUGUAUAUUUUGAAAAUAUUUUUUUGUCGCUUAUUUCGUUUUUAAGAAUAUCUAUAUUUGUAUUUUAAAGUCUGAGAUGUUUACAUUUUGUUACAUUAAAAACAAUGCCUUGAGUGGGGUAAUACUAAUAAAAGUAUUCUCAUUUGUUCUCAGUGAAGAAACAGAAAAGCAUGAUUUCUAAUUGAUAUUUAUUUGUUUUUACAUUUUGUACAAUGUGAAAAACAUACACAAGCAGACACAGGAAGUCAGUUAGGAGGGAUAAGAAAUGAGUACAACUGUGUUAUUGGCCUCCAACAGUACGAUAUGGAGCGGUCUGAUAAAUAGCAGAUUAGCACGUGGAUGUUAACCUUUGAGUUUGUGCUGUACAGUAGCCAGUUGUGAGUUGGUUGACGUGUGUAAGAUUAAUCAUCAGUAAAGCUGGCAUGCAGGACUUGUAUGCUGACAAUCUGAUGCUAAAUUAGUGCCAGUGAUAAAUAAUUGAACAAAACCUUUGCUGGGGAAAAGGAAGAGGGAAAA